AUGCCUCCAGUGAAAUUUUCUGCGGGAGCCGCCGCCAUAGCUUCAGCCAAACUCCGUAAGGAGAUACGACUUGCCAAUGAGAGGUCGAGGAUGGAUCGAUAUAGGAAACUGGCUGAGAGAAGCCGCAGGACGGUGAUGAAGAUGGGCGAGAAGGAGUCAGGGACCAAGGCAAAGGAUGAGUAUGGCUCCCUAUUUCGGCAACCCUCAAGUCGUCGUGCAAGGUUUGGUGAGGAACAUCGUGGAAGCAUUCUAGUAUCACGUCAUGCGAAGUCCGAAGCGGCAGCUGGUCGCAGACGCUUCCUAUGUCAAUUCGACCAAAAAGUUCACGGUUUUGACUCCGAGUCGAGCAAUGAGGAGACGGAAGGUCAAGAAGGCGUGGAACCUUCUCAUAUUCGUGGUUUUUCCGCUGAUGUUGCAUCCUGUGCUCGAUACAUAGAUGUUAAUCACUAUAUGGAGAAACCUCUGGGACGAUGGACUAUUGCAGAGAUGAAGCCCGGUGGAAAAUCGAGAGGGAGAGGCAUUCAAAUGAUGAGAUGCCUCCAGGAAAUACUCAAUAAAUGUGGGUAUAGUGAUGAUAGCCAUGCGGCAGCAACACGAGAUACGGAGCAGUGGAUUGUUCAGAAGUACAUCGAACGACCGCUACUCAUCAGAGGUUAUAAAUUCGACAUCCGAGUGUGGGUACUGGUCACUGAUUGGAAUCCUUUGUCCGUGUGGAUAUGGCAGAGACCAUACAUACGCUUUGCAAGCGAAAACAACACCUUCAUACUACCUACUGCCCGAACCAGGUUCAUUCAACGCCCUGGCUCGCAAGCACCUGCCUGGAGCAUAGUCAAGAGAAGGAUGAUGGAAGAAAUCAUCAUCUCUUCGUUGUGGUGCGUAUUCGACAACAUUGAGCAGCGUAAAGGAAGCUGUGAGCUCUUCGGCUAUGACUUCAUGGUAUCCGAUGAUCCGGUGCUAGAUGAGAAUCAGUGGCACCCGGGGACUGAGCGAGGUAGCCCUAUCGCAACGCCUGAUCUUCGUGUUUGGUUAAUUGAGGUAAACUCAUCACCGGCUAUGGAAUACAGUACUAAGGUAACAGAAUCACUCACGAAGGACGUGUUGGGGGACACGGCUAAGGUCCUCGUUGAUUACAACGAGGAUCCUUUGAUCCUGGAAACUUUGCUAUCGAUCUGCCACAUGCAUUCCUCGACCCCUGAUACGGCACUCCAAACUGGAAGUACUUGGAAGCUCCCUGCGGCCGCCGAAGAGGAAAGCGCGAACGAUCCAGCGAAGACUGAGCAUGCCAUCGAAGGUUGUUUGUUGCCUCCUUUCGUGAAAGCGUGUAUGGAUGUCGAAUCUAGGGUGAACGAAGAUCGAGACUGUGCUGAUGAUCUGUAUGAUCUGUAUGAUCUCUUGCGGAUCGUUUUGAUUGCUGAGAACAAAGAAAUUCUGGUCUAUGUUAAUGCACUGGACUGA